AUGACCGCCGCGCCGCCAGCUGCGAAUCCGUCUUGCCCGCUGUCCGCCGUCAAUCAGGCGCUCCUCAUGCUCCAGUCGGACGAGCUCAGUAUGAGGGUAGAGGCGGCGAAAGAUAUCCGGCGGCUGACCAAGACCUCGCCGAGGUACCGCAGACACCUCUCCGCCGCCGUGAGCCCACUCGUGGGCAUGCUGCGGCGCUCCGACUCCGCCGACGCCAACGAGGCUGCCCUCGCCGCUUUGCUUAACCUCGCCGUCAAAGACGAAAGAAACAAGGUAAACAUAAUCGAAGCUGGUGCCCUGGGGCCAAUAAUUUCAUUCCUCCAAUCCGAGAACCCGUGUCUGAACGAAAACUCGGCUGCCGCUUUAGUCACCCUAUCCGCAUCCCCACGCAUGAAGCCCAUAAUCAUCUCAUCCGGUGCUAUCCCUCCCCUCAUUGGGAUCCUCAGCUGCGGGGGCCCUCAGGCGAAGCUUGAUGCCCUAACUGCCCUCCACAACCUCUCGACCCACCGGGAUGCCCUCGGUCCAAUCCUCGGGGCCCGACCCAUCCCCCCACUGGACCCGGGCCCAAGGUCGGAGGGGGUAGGGCCCGACGAGCUGGAGGAGAUCGUGCGCGGGAUUGUGUCGGGGAUCGAGGGGGAGGAGCAGCUUUGGAAAGCGAAGAGGGUGCUGGCCGAGAUGGUCCAGGUCAGCAUGGAGAGAAGCCUGAAGCACCUGCAGAAACGGGCAUCAUUGGUCUGCGCGCCAGCUGAUUUUGCGGAAACUGGAGCAAUUUGA